UACGUUCAAGUCCAUAAAUUUGGCAUGUAAGUUUGCUAGGGAAAGUCUUGUUUGUGAGGAAAGAAUACUCUGCACUCUAUCUCCAAAUUCGCCAUGGCAUCGUGCUCGAGCCCGCCCACGCUGACGGAAGUGAAGAAAUGCUUUGCAGAUGUAGACAGUACAGCCCUCAAUGAGUUCAUCGACACCAUCAAAAAAAUCUUGGAAACAAAAAUGGCUUCAAAUUAUGAAAUAGAUAAUCCAAGCACAAGUUUUGAAUCCACAAACGAGUGGAAUUUGCUCAUCCUGAGCGGUAAAACGUUUUGGUGUUUUCUUGAUCCACAGGAGCAAUUUGGUCAAACGGUAGAUCUGUUCCAAUCUCGUACCCAAGUGUUAAGUGUUAUAUCAAGCAUACUUGAAGGAUUAGGACAGAUUCAUUGGGCAGUAGCAGGGCUAUCCAUGAUAGGAUAUUUGCUCAAAAAAGUGGGCCCAUUGUCAAACAAUCGGGAUGAUUGUUUGCAGCUCUUGCAAUAUAUGCUUGAUAUUGUCUACCAUAUGAACAAAUUAAGACGCUUAUUCCCAGAGGAAAAGGAGAAGCUAAAAAGUGCACUUGUAAUAAUUGUUAAGGGAUCCAUGCUCUGCGCUAAACAGCUUUCUUGUAAUGCUCAUUUCAGCUAUCUGAAAGUUUCCUUAGACUCAACGAGCUUGAGCAGCCUUCUCUCAGAAAUGAACGCUUUCUAUCGGGACUUUCUGUUGACAACUCAAAUAGCAGCGUUGGAGGGGCAGCCCCAAAGAAUGCCUAUAAAGAAACCAGAUUCUACAGCUAAUGAAGAACGCUACACAGAAGUAGAGAAUUUGCUGGACAUGGAACCAAAAGAUUUGUCAUUCAGGGCUGUGAUCAUUUAUGGUCUUGGUGGAAUUGGCAAGACAUUCAUUGCCAAUGCUGUAUAUUCAAGAUUAAAUCUGGACAGCUACAACCAUACCAGAAUUGUAAUGGAUACAGAUCCACAGAAAAAUGACAUCAAAAAGAUGCAGGAGCAGAUUUUGAACGAUGCCUUCCCCCAGUACAACUCCAGAAAAAUAAAAUUGAGAAAUGAACAAGAGGGUAGGGAAUUAUUAACAGAGGCUUUUAAGGAAACGAAUAAGCCGGUCUUUCUGUUUAUUGACAAUGCUCUUCGGUCAGAUGAUCUCAAAAAGCUUUUGCCAGAACACUUGGAACUCUCUGGCAAGAAUAUCAGACUUCUUUUAACAACAAGAAACUUGAAUGCAAUGUAUAUGUUUAGGAAAAGGUUUCGCCAUGAAUAUCUUGUCAAACCUCUCCUAAAAAGUGAUGCCGAGAAAAUUCUUUGGAACGGAACAAAUAAUCCCCCUCUUGACACAGGCGAUUUUGUCAGGAUCCUGAAAAUUUGCAAUGGAGUACCUCUUGUUCUACAGAUUGUUGGUGCUCAUUUGGAAAAUCAGGAGUACAAGGUGGAGAAUUGUAGUCUGAUACUAAAUGCUUUGAAGAAAGGGGAUGAAAUUAAAGAAAAUAAACUCAGCGAAUGCUUGGUGGAUUUGGUAUUCAAGGAGCUUGAUAAACCCAUCCAAGAAGCAUUUUUAGACAUUUGCUGUUUCCUUGAUGGAGAGAGUCGUAGACGUGUGGAAUUUGUUGUUGGAGCGAUGGAGCUCAAAGCACUUGAAGGCGCAGCAUUGAUCGCAUAUAAGCCGGAAAAAGAGAUCGUAGUUCUUGAUCCUCUGAUCAAAGCAAGGGGGCAAAACAUGGCACAAUCAACCAGAAUUACAGAUAUCAAAUCUUUUGAAACCGCUGUAGAAGAAAAGAGGCUCCAGAAUAUCAAAGGAAUUUCUCUCUCUGGCAACAGAGGUUCAGAUUACGAGCUCAAAACAGAGGACUUAGAUUCAAUGAGCAAAACGUUACGAGUUUUCAUAUUGAAAAGGUACAUCAAAGUAAGAGCUAGAAGUGGAAUGACAUUUCCAGAAUUGAGAUACGUUUAUUUAAGUUCUUCUAUUCCUUUUGUACCCUUCAAUUUAGAGAACGUCAAGCCAUUGGCUGUGUAUACAGGACCUCUACUGGAAGAAAGUUUCAGAAUAAAUGAGUGGCCAGAGACUUUACGCUCGGUCAAAGCAACAGCCAUGGAUUGGACAGUGAAGGAUAUAGAGACUCGUAACUCUUCCUUAGAAGAGUUAAUUUUAGUCAACUUACAGAAGAUGAUCACUCUACCAGAGGGAUUUCAGAAUUUCACUGCAUUGAAAACUCUGAAUUUAGACACAUUGGAAGCUUUGAAAUGUCUUCCAACGCGGUUUGGAAAACUUACAACUUUAGAGCAUUUGACGCUAAAAUUUUGUUCUGAGUUGAAAAAAAUGCCAGACACCAUUGUGGAACUCAAGAACCUACGAUAUUUAAAUCUGGAAGGCUGUUCAUCUUUGACGCAAUUGCCUUCCACUUUCGGGAAACUUAAGGCCCUACAAAGUUUAACUCUGAAGGCAUGUUCUUCAUUAAAAGAACUACCGGGAUUUGAAGACCUUGCAGAACUAAAAUAUUUGAAUGUCGAAGAUUGUCCAGUCAGAGAUUGUGAUUUCUCUAAAAAGGCGCGUGGCUUGAAAAUUGUUGGUCUGAAAAAGAAAACUGAAAUUGGUUCUAAGUGAAAAGGAAUCAGCGUCACAGUCAAGUUUCUAUUUCCUUAGUUUUCAGUUAAGGAUUUAGACAUUUUCCAACGGUGGAAGGAAAAUACUUUCUAUCUAUUUAGUUAAUUUCAAAAUUGAUGGAGCAGAAAAGGAAACAGAAACUGAGCAAGAAGAUGAUCAGAAUUGAAUACUUACUUUAUUUUUCCUAGGGAAAAAUUAUAUUAUUAGGAGUACUUGCAAAAUCAAUAUUUGGUUUAAGAUGCUUGGAUAUGUUGUAAUGAAUGACUUGGAUUGGGUUAUGUUAUAUGAUAUCGUAGAGUUUUAUGACUUUAA